ACCCGUCGCUCGCAUGCGGCAGUCAAGUAUUCGGCAAGAGACGCGUGCACUUGUCGCUUAAACUUUCCAAAAUAAUCGAAAUAACGAACUUUUCUUUAAAUAAACAAGGGUGAUUUUGUGUUUUCUAGAACGUAUUGCUAUUCGCCGUUCCGGGAUUGGCUGGUUUACGGGAGUCACGCAGUAACGUAGAAGUUUCCGUACAACUCAUAAGCUGCGGAAUGCUUUACUUUGAGAGCUGUGCCAAAUAACUUUAAGUAACUAGUGCAAUAUGUGAUGAACUUUAUACAGAUCUGUGUUGAAGAUCAGUGAUAACAAUGCGCGCGCGUUGGUGUUGUGUGAUCUUGUGUGCAUUCGUGUUGGUGGCAAGAAGUAGGGCCUUGCCACCGGCCGCUCUUGGCGAUGUCGUCGCUAACGCUGCCAGCAGCCUUAACUCCAUGAAGGUAACGGGUGCAUGGAGACGCCUCUCUAGUACGGUGAGCGAAUCGGAAGGUCUAAAGCAUGCUCUGCGAAGGUUGCAGAAUGUGCCCCAGAGAGCAGUGCGACUGGUCCAUGCUUUAGUCGAUCGCAUGCGCGUCGGUGGCGGCCCUUUGGUCACCACGCGUCUUGGAUCUUUGCGUGGACGAAGAGUUGUGGCGAGAAGCACUCCGCAAGCACCAUAUUAUAGUUUCAAAGGAAUAAGAUAUGCAGAGCCGCCUCGAGGGUCGCUUAGGUUCCGGCCCCCAGCUCCACUGGAACCCUGGUCAGGAGUCCGCGAUGCUUUGGAAGAAGGUUCCGUCUGCCCUCAUAGGUUUAUGCUCUUCGAUACAUAUAAAGGCGACGAAGACUGCCUUUUUCUAAAUGUCUAUACACCAGCUCUGCCGGACCUUAUGUCGGGGUACAAUCCUCAACUCCCCGUAAUGGUAUGGAUCCAUGGAGGUGCAUUUGCAGUGGGCUCAGGAAAUGCAUUUUUGUAUGGACCAGAUCACCUCGUCGGUGCUGGAGUGGUGCUAGUCACCCUCAACUACAGGCUCGGAGCCCUUGGAUUCUUGAGUUUGGAAAAUGAAGAGGUGUCUGGGAAUAUGGGGUUAAAGGAUCAAGUGAUGGCCCUUAAGUGGGUCCAAGACAACAUUGAAUUCUUCGGAGGUGAUCCCAAUAGAGUGACCAUAUUCGGAGAGUCAGCCGGAGCUGCGUCUGUACAUAUGCAUAUGCUAUCUCCCGUUUCUAGGGGUCUCUUCCAUGGAGCGAUAGCGCAGAGUGGAUCAGCGACAUCCCCCUGGGCUCUUGCAAAGGAGCCGAAGAAUCGCGCCUUUGAACUAGGCCGAGAACUUGGUAUUGACACAAACAAUACGGCUGAAUUGUUAGGAUACCUUCGUGCCACACCCAGUGAGCUACUAGUGAAAGCUGCUGCGCGGUUAUUCGGAAUCGCUGGCAAAACUGCUGAUCUGCAGAGCACUGUUGCUCUGCCAUUCUUGCCCAGUGUUGAGCCUGAUAUACCAGGAGCAUUCUUCACGGAUGAGCCGAAGGCCUAUCUCCCAGGGGCUGAUGUACCGUUUCUCACCGGAUAUAACGCACAGGAAGGAAUUCUUCUAUUGCGUCGUCUCCAACGCUACCCCAAGUUACUGAACGAGAUAGAUAAUGAGUUUCAAAGAGUAAUACCUCCAAAACUAUCAACUGGUGGACCAGAGGCGGUAGCGAAAAUCGUAAACCAAGUACGAGCCUUUUACUUCCAACAGAGACCAGUUGAUAUGAGAAAUAUCGACAGUCUGAUUGAUCUCUUCACCGACAUAAUGUUCUUACGUCCAGCGUUGGAAACGGUCCGUUUCCGAGCCAAUACGACAAAGAGCCCGACGUACCUCUACCGUUUUGCCUUUGACGGAGCUUUAGGACUCUUUAAACGAAUGUUGGGUAUAACGUACCCCGGGGCGUGCCAUGGCGAUGAGUUGGGCUACCUGUUCUAUUUCUCAAGACUCAACUACAGGCUAGAUGGCGAAUCACCCGAGUUGACUGUUUCUAGAACCAUGGUACAAAUGUGGGCAAAUUUUGCUAAAACUGGAAAUCCAACUCCCCCAGUUGACUACGAGUCAAUAGUGAACUUCAAUUGGCUCCCCGUCAAUACCGCAAAACCCAUUAAUUACCUCGAUAUUACCGAAACUGGGAACUUCACGCAGCGAAUUGACCCGGAAUCAAACCGGCUACACUUUUGGGACUGGCUUUAUGACAAUUCUAAACAGUAAUGGAAUUAGACAAAGUGAUUGAACUUGCAGUGAUAAAACUUGGUGUUAUUUAUUAAAGACAAUGGAAUUUAGAGUGAAUGCGCUGCUCAUACGUUAGUACUUACGAAUAAAACGGGUGUUUACUGUUUAUCUAGCGUGGUCGGGUUUUACCGAAUAUUAUUGAAUUAAAUUGAAACAUUAGUGCAUAGUAUCGUGUGUCGUUUCUUUUUUAAAAAUGCAAUGUAACCUUAUUAGGUUGGUACGAUGUCACUUGUGAGGGCGAAUAUUAGUUAUAGGUCGAAAUAAAAAUAUAAUUAACUUA